AUGGAAGUUGAAAUGUACCUGGCUUUAUCUGGCAGGCUGGCUGAUACCGAAUUCCUCUAUGGUGAAGAGUGGCCUUGGGAAGAGGAGAAACACCAGAGGCAUUAUUCAGUUCUGAGAAGAGUCAAGAGGUUUCUCAGUGUCCAUGAGGGCCCUUCGUACCCAGCUCACCAGCGCUACAGCCGGCAGACGAGUGAGAAUUCCGUGUUUUUCCCAGCAGACGAAAAGGGGCACAUCAGACGGCUGCAGGAGAUGCACACGAGAGGGAGGCACUCUACCUCAAGCUUCAAGAGGAAAUAUGAAGGAGUUACCAGGAGUAGCAGAGUUCACAGUAGCAGAGAGCUGGGGCCCAUAACAGAAACCUCAAGGAGCGAGGCACAGUUUGAUGACAGUGACACCUCGUCGGAGACAAGCAGGCCAGUUCCUGAGGUGGUCAUUUCUGAAGCCCAGGAGACCCAACCUGAUGUGCCAACAGAGCGCUCCGCAAGUGUGCCAGAAGAGAAGCUCCAAAGGAUCCUAGCUGAGGCUAAUGUGGCUCUUCUGGACCAACACUUUUUCCCCCCAGAAAUGAAUCCAUACCUCUCAAGUUCAGAGGUGCAUCAGUCACUCCCUAGUGUGAUAGGAGAGCCCAAACACGAGCCCCAGGUUAGUAACAUAGCUGGUCUCAUAACAGAUCAUGAGAGAAACCUUCAGCGAUGGAGUUUACCAAGCUUCCAUAGUCCUAAUACAGCAUCAAAUGCUGAUGCUCCACCACCUUCAACAGAUUCUGGGACAGCUUCACAGCAAAGGACAUUCAGUGAUGGAAAAAAUGUUACUUCUGCUUCUGCUCCACAAACAUUUGAGAUGCAGGACUUAUGGGAAAAUAUGGACAGUAAAGAAACAGCCAUAGUAGAAUUUUCUAAUGAGGAGAGUGGAAAAAAACUUUGACCAUUCUUCCUUUGGGUUUGACUGAACUUGUCUUCUCUUGAACAUUAUUCUCACAAAAUUUGCUGGAAAUGCAGAAGGGCAGACUCGAUACUCAGACAAGUCAUGAACAAGAUCCAGCAGAGCAUUUGGGCACCUAAAUAGGAGGCAUUGUGGGGAC